AUUCGAUAUGUAAGUGUUAUUUUGCCAAAUGCAGACGAUUCACAUAUAUGUAAAUUUAUAUUUUGUAUUUUCUUAGUGUAUUUAUUAAACAUUUUAAAACAUUCCUCAAUGCCAGUUAAAUUUUAAUUUGUACCAUAAUGAUGGAAGAUUUUUAUAGUUCAUUCUGUAUGUUUCUUAUCGGUUUCUUAUCCUUGGGGAUAAGCUUUUUCAUUUCAACCUUUACUCUGCUCCAGCAUCUUCUACAUUACACUUCACAUAGGCUCCAGAGGUACAUUGUAAGGAUUUUAGUUUUUCUUCCCAUAUACGGCGUUUUAACGUUCAUACUGCUUUUAAUUCCAAAGUUAUUUGACCUGUUGUCGAUGCUGAGGAACAUUUGGGAAGGGUUUUUAAUUCAUUCGUUUUUAUUUUUGAUGUUGGAGUACUGUGGAGGAGAAACAGCCUGCGGAGAAGCAAUUUCUAAACACCCAUCAGUGAUAAGGCAUUUAUGGCCGCUGAGUCUUAUACAGUUUUUCUCACUAAACGAGGAUAUUCCUCUGAACGUUGGAUUUGUAAAGCGCUGUAAGAUGUGCACAAUUCAGUACGUGAUAUCCCGUCUAGUAUUUUCUCUACUUCUGAUAGGGGUUCACAUCAGCGGUAAUAAGUGGUCUGGAACCCUUUCAUUUUUCUCAUCUUUAAUUUUAAGUAUUAGUUUGUAUGUUGCACUUUACUCCUUGGCUCUUUUUUACUUUGCAAUUAGCAGUCAUCCAGCUCUGGCAAAGGCGAAUUCACUCACAAAGUUCUUUUCCCUAAAGCUUUGUUUUGCAUUUUCAUUUUACCAAGGGUUAAUUUUGGAUCUCUUCUUGAGAGUGUCAUUUGAGCGCUCAGUGAGGAUAAAAUCGUUUGUAGUUUUGGUGGAAACUAUUAUUUUUGCGCUGGUUCAGCAUAACGCAUAUCGGGUAACUGAGUUCUACCAGCCGCCAAACCAGCAAGAUUUUAACAGUUUGAACAGAUUUGAGGGCCUUACCAAAUACCUUCAAUUCUGCCUGGACGACCUCAGGACGAUGAAGACUUCUGAGGGAAUGGGCACUAUAUUUUCAAGUGCUGGAAAGGCGCUUGACAUGUCAGACUUUUUCACCGAUACGUACUAUAACAUUAGUGAAAAGUACAAGGAACACUCGAUUUUCGUAUCACACGCAGUUAUUGACUCGGAUAUUGUGCUAGACACAAACUCCCAAGAGGCUAAGGAGGUUGAGCUGAACACCGUGGAUAACUUUGCGGACUUCCAGAAGGUCAAGGACGAAAUCGACAAUGACGAACGUUGUAAUGAAAUCUCUAAGCUUGAGUUUAUUUAAUUUUUUCAACACGUA